GGAAACUACCAUUUCCUUUUUCUGUCUUGGUCUAGUUGAUGUCUACUUGCAAAAUACCUCUUCAAAUAGCAUAUAUGCAAUAGCUGUGCAUAAGAUUGUGGAUAAUGGGACAAAAUAAUAAUUGCAUGACGAAAACCAGGAGUUGGGCUCCGAAUAAUGAAUGGGCUCUGAGGUCUGGUGAUCCAACUCUAGUCAAUAAUAUGAUUUGAUUUGCAUUGUGGUCUGCAUGUAGAUCGAGAAUUACGUUCCAAUGAUACAUAAUACAUCAACAGAUAACAGUUGUAUGCCUGGUACAACUAAGAAGCCCCAUGCUAUGUUGUCAUUUUUUCUCUGCGUGUUGUUGCUUUUGUGCAUUAUCUUGUGUAUUUUGCCACAUAACGUCUCAAUGUUUGCCACUUACAUCUAGUGCACUUAGGAGGUAGCAUGUUGGUUCAUAUAUUGAUUUUUCUGCUUGAAGAUUUGGUGCGGUUAGAGAUUGCCAAUUGUUAUUCAUAUUUUCUAGAUCAUGCACUGUCAUGACUCAUGAGAGAUAUCAAAUAAAAGCUCUAGGAACUAAGAACAUUAUAUUGUCUUUGAAGGAUGAAGGUCAUGAUUUACAAGUGUGAUUUAUCUAUUUGACAUUUUGUUGUAACCUUUCCACUCUUUUAUUUUGUCUGGAACACAAGAGGUUUGGAACUUUCACUGUAGAACACAAGAGGUUUGGGACCUUUUUUUUUCACUACAGAACUUGCGCUGUUUCUGGAGACCAAGAUUUUCAAGUGUGCUGCAUGACGUUUUUACUGAUGACCGUCCUCUCUUUUCUUUCCUUUGUAACACAAGGACAUUACUUUGUGGAUUCGUUUUAGCAAAUUGAUUUGCUCUGAGAUUUUCUAUAUGUUGGAAUAGUCAUUAAAAUUAGUUAUUGUUUAUGAAAAUCACAUGCAUGCAGUUCCUGUAACCUCUCGUAGGCUCCUACAUCUAUUAUCACAUCUUUACAAGGCAUACUGUACUUUCUAUUAAGUAGCUAUACUAUCAAUGCAAUAGGUGUGGAUCCAUACCUUGUUUCACUGUAGCAUAAAUAUGAGCAGAAAAUGGGAUUAACACACAUAUUAGUAUAUGUUCACUACCCUGUGAUACUUCUGAUGUUAAAAAAACUCAGCACCUGCACUUCAGUACUUUUGUCAGGAAGCAGGAGUACGAGGAAGGGCUCCACAGUGAGAACAGCUAAUGCUCUUGUCAAAACCAGCAGACGAGCUGAAUCCUCUCACCAGAGAAAUCAAGGAAAGCGAUGGCACUCCGGCAAGCCCUCGGAUGGUCAGAAGGGGAGGUGAUGCGGCCCGAGUCCGAGCCUUGCUCGCGGCUGAUGCGACAGACUGCUGGCAUCUUCACCGUUGGUGGCGCCCUUGCCUUCUGGGUGCUCGGCCGCCUGCACUACGGUCCAAGAAUAACAGUCCCAAGGAGCCUCAGGUGGGCGUCAUGCGGAGCAAUCUCAACAAGCUCAACAUCAGCACUGCUUGUGCGGCUCUUCAGCCCGGAGUGCGAACUGCAGAAUAUAGCAGCUUAUGACAAGCAAGAAAACAAGGCUGAAUAGCUUGAAUUCAGGCCACAUCAGUCUUCCCUAUCAGUAUCAGAUUGUGUGGUUUACUGAUUCAGUCUAGGAGAUGCUUUUCCGUCCUACUACUUCCCUGUGUGUUUGCUAUGAAGACCUCCAUCAGAUCAGUUUUUCCCAGAAAUUACCCUCGCCUGCAUAUGCUGUCACUCUGAUAAUAACAUGCAAGCAAUGAUUUUUCUCAUC